AUACCUCCAGAGCAAAGAUGGCAGCGCCGGCGAAGGGCAUGUGGUAUUCCCUGGGACCAUUGCUGCGGGUGGUCCAGACUCGGGACCUCGACGCUCGGCGCUGGGUCCGGGCGCUGCGGCGCAGCCCGGUGAGAGUGUUGUUUCCCUCGGGACAGGUGGAGGAACGGAAGCGCGCUCCUGAUAAGCAGCCCGGCAAGGCGGUCCCUGAGGCCAGUUCCCAGGGACAGCAACAGAAACAACCUCUUGAGACAUCCCCAUCCCAGACCCCUCACACCUGCGAAGAGGCAGGGCUUCGCUACGAUAAGGCCUGUCCCGGGGACAGGAGGCUAAGCAGUGUGAUGACAAUAGUUAAGUCCAGGCCUUUUCGGGAAAAGCAAGGGAAGAUCCUACUGGAAGGUCGAAGGCUGAUUGCAGAUGCUCUCAAGGCUGGAGCUGUGCCAAAAAUGUUCUUUUUUAGCCGACUGGAGUACAUCAAGGAGUUGCCAGUAGAUAAGCUGAAAGGUGUCAGCCUCAUUAAGGUGAAAUUUGAGGAUAUCAAGGAUUGGUCGGACCUGGUAACGCCACAAGGAAUAAUGGGGAUUUUUGCCAAACCUGACCCUGUUAAGAUGACAUAUCCAGAGACUCAGCUUCACCAUUCACUGCCCUUACUGUUGAUUUGUGACAAUCUCCGUGACCCUGGGAACCUGGGGACAAUCCUGAGAUCUGCAGCUGGAGCAGGCUGCAGUAAAGUCUUACUCACCAAAGGCUGUGUGGAUGCCUGGGAACCUAAAGUGCUCCGGGCAGGCAUGGGGGCACAUUUCCAGGUGCCCAUUGUGAACAAUGUGGAAUGGGAGACAGUGCCCAAUCACUUGCCCCCUGACACUCGAGUCUAUGUGGCAGACAACUGUGGCCUCUAUGCCCAGGUUCAGAUGUCUAAUAAAACCAGUGACCGUGACUGGGCAUGUGAUCGCCGAUUCUUAAAGUUCCAUAAGAAUGAAGUGGACCUAGACACUAAAGCCAGAAAAGACUGGCUUCCCAAACUUGAGGUCCAGAGUUAUGAUCUGGACUGGACUGAAGCACCAGCAGCUCUGGUGAUAGGCGGGGAGACGCAUGGCGUAAGCCUGGAGUCCCUGCAAUUGGCUGAGAGUACUGGUGGCAAGAGACUGCUGAUCCCUGUUGUACCUGGUGUGGACAGUCUGAAUUCAGCCAUGGCUGCGAGCAUCCUGCUCUUUGAAGGGAAAAGGCAGCUGAGGAUAAAGAUGGAAGACUUGAGCAGGGACAGUUGUUGCCACUGAAGGAUUGCUGCAGGAAUCCAGUGGGAGGGCAAGGGUGCCUCCAACCCCUGCUCUGCUGGACUGCUGCUAGGAGGCUGGCCAAGAUGACAACUCAGGAGCCAGGAGGUAGGCAUUGCCACCAUUGUGUGAUGCUGUGAAAAAUAGGCGUUUCUGUUGUUCCUUAUUAAACAACAAAGGUGAAGAUUCUUUUUUGUUUUACUUAUAUGAGUGUUUGUCUGCAUGUAUGUACGCUACACUACAAGGGUGCCUGGUACGUGGUGGAGGUCAGUAGAGGUGUCAUAUACCCUGGAACUAGACUUAGGGAUGGUCAUGAACUACUAUGUGAGUGUUAGAGACCAAACUUGUGUCCUCUGGAAGAGUAGCAGGUGCUCUUAACCACUGAGCCAGCUCUACAGCCCCAUCAAAAUUCUCCCUACGAUCUCCCUUCUCCACUGUUUUUGAGAUUGUGUGUACCUCAUAAGCAUUCUGCCAGAGCCACAUUCCCAGCACCUUAGUGUCUCCUGAGAAGCUGAGGGCUGCAGGGCAUGGCGUCCAGCAACCAGCUGUUCUUUGAUCUUCUCUGCAGCAUCUCUGGGCUGGUGUGUUCAGGCCUUCAGUUCUACAGGCAGCUGAUGUGUAUUUUCCCCCUUUGCGGUGGACCAACAGAAGCCGUUCAUCAGGUGGUGUCAUGCCUUCUUAGCAUAGGCCCCUCUGCAGUGCUGUUUGUUUGCUUUAAGACUGGGUCUCACGCUAUAGCCCUGGACAGUCUGGAACUCACUAUAUGUACCAGGGUGGCCUUGACUGCAGAGACCCACCUGCCUCUGCCUCCAGAGUGCGGGGACUAAAGGUGUGCACCAGCAUGCCUGGCUUUCCAGGCAUCUUUGCGAGGAUUCUGUAUGAGUAAAGGCCAGACUCUGAGUCUACUUUGCAACAUAGCCUGCUGCUGGAGGUGUCAGCUUGCUCACCAGCUCCUCGCUACUAGUUGUGGGUCUUGUGACACUAUUAAAUGCUAUGAUUUAGGGGGACAGCAAGAUGGCCCAGGGAGUAAAGGUACUUGCUGUCCAAGUGUGGUGACCUGAGUUCAACCCCUGGAACCCAUAUAAAGGUGGAAGGAGAAAACAGACCCACAGAGUCUCCCUCUGACCUCUACACAGUAAUGACGAGGAUGAUGAGGCUGUAAGUGGCCGCAGAAAUGGCUUAGCAGGUAAGGGCAUCUAACUGAUAGUUCAGAGGACCCUAGUUUAAUUUCCAGCGAUCUAUUCAAUGGAUCACAACCACCUUUAACUUUGUCUCCAAGUAAUCUCCUCCUGGCCUCCUCAGAUGUGUAUACUCAGAUGUGCACAAACACAGACGCACUCAUGUACAUGUAAUUAAAAAUAAAAAAGGAACAUUUCAUUUUU